AUGCGGUGCCAUAAGUUUUGGGGACCAUGUUCGUUUGGAUUUUAUAUUUGGACAGCGAUCCUUAUCAAAGGAUCCCUGCAGGGGGAACACCAGAGGAGGCUGUACAAGGAGCUUCUAGCUAAUUACAAUAGACUGGAAAGACCUGUAGUCAAUGACUCAGCUGCCAUCCUGGUGGAGCUGGGCCUCACACUGCUGCAGAUCAUAGAUGUGGAUGAGAAGAACCAAGUGCUCAUGACCAACGCCUGGCUGCAGCUGUACUGGACAGACAUCUACUUGAGCUGGAAUCCAGAAAAAUACCCUGGUGUCCAGAACCUCCGAUUCCCUUCAGACCAGAUCUGGACACCUGACAUCCUCCUUUACAACAGUGCGGACGAACGCUUCGAUGCCACUUUCCAUACCAAUGUAUUGGUGAAUGCAUCUGGUUACUGCCAGUACAUCCCCCCUGGCAUCUUGAAGAGCACCUGUUACAUCGAUGUGCGCUGGUUCCCUUUUGACGUGCAGAAGUGUGACUUGAAAUUUGGCUCCUGGACACACAAUGGCUGGCUGUUGGACCUCCAGAUGCUGGCUGUGGACACAUCCACCUACAUACCGAAUGGCGAGUGGGAUCUUGUUGGUGUCCCGGCUAAGCGUAAUGAGCUGUACUACGAGUGCUGUAAGGAGCCCUACCCUGAUGUGACGUUCACAGUCACUAUGCGACGCAGAACCCUGUAUUACGGACUCAACCUGCUCAUCCCCUGUGUUUUGAUCUCUGGCUUGGCCCUGUUGGUCUUCCUGCUGCCUGCUGACUCUGGGGAAAAGAUCUCUCUUGGCAUCACUGUGCUGCUUUCGCUGACUGUCUUCAUGCUUCUGGUAGCAGAAAUCAUGCCGGCCACGUCUGACUCUGUUCCUCUUAUCGCUCAGUACUUCGCCAGCACCAUGAUGAUUGUGGGAAUGUCUGUAGUCGUGACUGUUAUAGUCCUGCAGUUUCACCAUCAUGACCCUCAGGGAGGCAAGAUGCCCAAAUGGGUCCGAGUGGUUCUGUUGAACUGGUGUGCCUGGUUUCUGCGUAUGAAACAACCCGGCGAUGAGCGCAAGCGUUCCGGUUACAAGUCCCGCUAUUCCUCCCAGCACCACUCCAGCACCAGCUCCAUUGAGAUGGGCGCUGUCCCAAGCCUCACGGUGCCGCUCUCCCAGACUUCUUGCCCACCUUGCCCCACAGGCACCUCCAACGGUUCCAUGAGCCUUUACUUUGGCAACUACCACCCUAUAGAUAGUCCACACUGCCCACCUUCUAGCGACUCAGGAGUAGCGCUUGGGGGACGGACCCAUGGCUCCAUCAGUGACGAGGCUGGACCACCUGGAGGAGUUGGAAGUGGUGUUGGAGGCCUGGGAAUGGGAGUUGGAGCUGGGAUGGGAGUCAGUAUUCCCCCACCAGAGAUCCAACGCAUCUUAGAGGAGGUGACCUACAUAGCCCAGCGGUUCCGGGACCAGGACGAGGCUGAGGCCAUCUGCAGCGAGUGGAAGUUUGCAGCAGCAGUGGUGGACCGGCUGUGCUUGGUGGCCUUCUCUCUCUUCUCAAUAAUUUGCACCUUCACCAUCCUCAUGUCAGCACCCAACUUCAUAGAGGCUGUUUCCAAGGACUUCACAUAG